AUGUGUCAUUCAGAUGCUCUCGUUUGCCCUGAGCGCACAUGUUCGACCCUCGGGCUACGUCACGCGCGGCCGCGCCCUGAAGAGUCGCUACUCUCCGCCGAUCUUCGGGCCUGCUGCUGGCUGCUCUCUGCGGAGUUCUCGCCGCAGUACCAGGACAGGGCGCGCAGGGAAGACGGCGAAUGGCGAAUGGCGAACGGCGAAUGGCGAACGGCGAAUGGCGAACGGCGAAUGGCGAACGGCGAAUGGCGAACGGCGAAUGGCGAACGGCGAACGGCGCGUUUUUCCCCGGACCAGACCUUCGAAGGCACCGACGCACCGUCGGCGAGUCGGCGGAUUUUCUGCCCGAGUGACUAUGAGUAUAGCAUCGCCGCCGGAGAGUGA